AUGACAGACAAACAGCCAACCAAAGUCGGCGAAGACGACAAGAACUUCGAUAUCGAGAUGACGCACAAGCCCUCCAUCGACGAUGUACAAGAGGGAACGGUCGAUGUAUCCGCAGAGUAUUCGGCUAAGUACUAUCGAAAGCUGCUCUGGAAGAUCGAUCUCUGGCUUCUCCCGCUCAUGUGGAUUUGCUAUGGCACGCAGCAGACCGACAAGACCUCUCUUAGCGUGCAAGCCGUGUUCGGUAUUCAAGAAGAUACAGGGCUCGUGGGCGAGCAGUUCAACUGGCUCAGCACGAUCUUCUAUCUUUCCUACAUGGUCUGCGAGGCACCCGGCAACUGGCUUAUGCAGAAAUGCCACACCGGCAAGUUUCUGUCCAUUGUCAUGGUGCUCUGGGGCGUCAUUGUUCUGUGCAUUGCAUUCGCGAAGAACUUUACGCAUCUCAUGAUUCUGCGGACGAUUCAGGGGGCUUUAGAGUGUACUAUUUCUCCAACCUUUAUGCUGAUCACCGGGGCAUGGUAUACAUCGCAGGAACACACACUUCGAUCGCUCAUUUGGGGAACAUCAAAUGCUGGCAUGAAUAUCCUUGCUGGUUUAGCCAUGUAUGGUAUUGGCCUCCAUGCCCAAAAUAACCCUGGAGGUGUAGCUGCUUGGAAAGGAAUCUCCUUUUUGCUUGGCGCUCUGACGAUUACUUGCGGUAUCAUUGUCUGGUUCGUCCUGGGAACUCCUCGCGAGGUUCGCUGGUUGAGCGAAGACGAGAAGCGAGCUGCCAUCGCGCGUGUGAUUGUGAACCAGACAGGAUCCGACCAGCAAAAGCGAUCCGAGUUCAAAUGGGAGCAGGUGUGGGCCACAUUCAGAGAUCCUCAAACCUAUUUCUUCUUCUUCGUCACCAUCAUCAACGCACUGCCCAAUGGCGCCAACACUACCUUUUCGAAGCUGAUCUGGAAGUCCUUCGGCUUUACUCCGCUAGAGACUUUACUCAAAGGAUCAACCCCUUACUAUUGCGUCAGCAUUUGCUGGUUUAUCAUUGUGGGAUAUGUCACAUUGAAAAAGCCAAACUUGCGAUUUCUCAUGAUGAUGUUCUCACUUGUUCCCGCCUUCUCUGGAAUGAUGGCACUAGCAUUCCUGCCACAGAAUGACAUGAAGUGGACAAGGUGGGGGAUGUACAUCCUGCAAGUGUUUGGCUCACUCCCCGGACUAAUGAUCUGGACAUUCUUACCAUCUAAUGUCGCCGGCCGGACGAAGAAAACAGUCACAGCCACGGUUCUUUUCAUCGCCUACUGUGUUGGUAAUGCCGUUGGCGCACAAAUGUUUGUCGCCUCGGAUGCGCCCAAGUAUAUUCGUGGCCUUACGGCUUGUGCGGUCUUAUACGGUGUCGAAUUCUGCAGCAUGGCUUCAUGGCGAUUCUACUAUAUCUGGGAGAACCGCCGCCGCGCAAAGAUAAUCCAGCAACAGGGCAUCUCUGAGGAGGAGAGUCUGCGUCUGGGUAAAGUGAAUGCGGAAGCCGACAUGACUGAUCGCGAGAACAUUCACUUCAAGUACAAGUAUUAA